AAGGAAAAAAAAAGAAAAAAGGGUGUCCAAAAAGUCGGGCAAAAUUUUAGAGAUCUAGAGAGAGACAAACAAAUACACUACUUAGAAAUUACUUUAAAUAAAAUCUACAUAAAAAUAAAAAAGAAACUGUAAAAGGGAAAAGAGGGACGGCUCCCUAUUUUGGACUCAAAAUGAGCGAAUUUGUAGAGAGAGAAAGUCAAUAAUCUUCGCUUCGCUGCUCGAAGCUUCACCGCUCUUUGCGUUCUUUUCCUUUUUUUCUUCUAAGGUUCAGGUUAAGGUGUUUGGAAAUCUAACUUUGCUGCUGGCUAUGGCAGAAUGCAUUUGCUGAUAUUGCAUUGGUGUGAUAAUCAUGGCAUAUUGCCUUGGUCUAUUUUCCUGGAAAAUUUUAUCUAAAUGGAGAGGAAUCUAGGAAAAGGCUUAAUGGAUCAACAGAAGAAUUAUGAAAAAAUUCGAUACAAUAAUAUGGAAGCUAGAAAUGAAACUCUUGGGUCUGCAAAUCAAAGAUUUUUCAAUGAUCCGUCUAGUAAUAUUAAUACUAACAUCCGACCUCCUGAGUAUGAUAUGUUGGUGGGAGCUAGACCAGUGCUGAAUUACUCCAUUCAGACUGGUGAGGAGUUUUCUCUGGAAUUUAUGCGGGAAAGGGUAAAUCCCAGGCAGCAUUUUAUUCAGAAUGUUCAUGGUGAUCCUAACAGUGGACCUGUCUAUAUGGAUCUAAAGGGCAUUCUGGGAAUUUCUCAUACAGGUUCUGAAAGUGGCUCUGAUAUCUCUAUGCUUAACACAGUAGAAAAACCCCGUCCCCAGGAGUUUGAGAGAAAGACUCCUUCUGUGCACGAAGACAAACACUAUUAUGAUUCUGUGCAAUCAGUUCCUCGAUCCUCUUCAAGAAAUGACAUUAGUCGGGGACAACAAGGUUAUGCCUCUUCAAGUGCUUCUUGCAGUGCAUCAAAUAAGGUGAAGUUCCUCUGCAGCUUUGGUGGUAAAAUUUUACCACGUCCCUAUGAUGGGAAACUUAGAUAUGUUGGGGGCGAAACACGUAUAAUCCGAUUAAGCAGGGAUAUUUCCUGGCAAGAGCUUGUUCAAAAAACCUUAACAAUUUAUGACCAAGCCCAUACAAUAAAGUAUCAGUUGCCUGGGGAGGAUCUUGACGCAUUGGUCUCUGUAUCUUGUGAUGAGGAUCUGCAAAACAUGAUGGAGGAACUAGAAGAUGGAGGAUCACAGAAACCCAGGCUAUUCCUUUUCUCUAGCACUGAUCUGGAGGAUGCUCAGUAUGGUUUGGGAAGUGUAGAGGGUGAUUCUGAGAUGCAAUAUUUUGUUGCUGUGAAUGGCAUGGACCUAGGAUCAAGAAAAAACUCAAUUGUGGCUAGUGCGUCUGAGAACAAUUUGGAUGAGUUACUUGCUUUGAAUGUUGUAAGGGAGGCUGAUCGGCCUGUGACUGAAGCAGCUGCUACUAGUACUGCUUCUUUGACAGCCAAUGCACCUUUAUCAGCUGUCCAAUCUUCUCAUGCACCUUCACCAGCAGUCCAAUCUUCUCAUGCACCUUCACCAACAGCCCAAUCUUCUCAUGCACCUUCACCAACCCUCCAAUCUUCUCAACCAGUAUGGGCAAGUUCAUCUAGCACUUAUGAAUCUAGUUCACAGCCAUACUCAGAGCAAAAAAUGUGUCAUGGAGAAGCUAGCCAGCAGCCGUCUUCCACUCCCCAGGUAGAUGGGAAGAGUAAUGUUCCUUUGUCUGCUCCAUUCCAAUACGGUUAUGGUUCCCAACCCUCUAAAUAUGUGACACCUGGAGAAAAUUUAGUCUCAAUGCCAUUCCAUGGGCAUGUGACUCCUCAGACGGGCUUAGCUGACGAGAAGAUGUAUAUGGGCUUUCAAGUGCAAGAUCCAGAAGUAUCUAUAAAAGAGGUGAAACUAAAAAGAGAUAGCUCAGCCCCAAAAAUAACUGAACCUGAAAAAGUCCGAUCCCUAGACAAAGCUCCACCAACAAAGGAGCCAAAAAUGAAAAGAGAUACAUCUCUCCCGAAGAUCAAUGAAACUGAAAAAAUUCGGAUGUCUGAGAAGGAGUACAGUGUCCCUUCAAAUGCAUAUGACAGUUCUGUUCCAAAUCAUAUUUCUAAAGAGGAAGCAUCGGUUAUCAUUUCAGUGCCAGACAUUGGCUCACCUUUGUUGCCUGCAAAAAAUUUCAAAAAGACCCAGGAAGCUAUGCAGAAUUCGGUGGCCCCUGAAGUUGUAACUGAAGGGAGAAAGAACGUUGAUGAUGACCACUUCUGCACAUCUGGUGGGCCCUUUACAUCUGGAGGUGGUGGUUCUGAGGCUGAUCCAAAUGAUUUUAGCCGUCUUGAGCCUUCUGUGAUUCCUCAACGUGUUUUUCAUUCAGAGAGAAUCCCCAGGGAGCAGGCAGAAAUGAACCGUUUAUCGAAGUCUGAUGAUUCUUUUGGUUCUCAGUUUCUAAUGACUCAAGCACAUUCUGAUUCUUCCCAACCAAUUAUAGAAUCAGUUGACAAGAUUCAUGAUGGGAAUUUGGCUCCCCAGGCUGAACAGCCUGUCACUUCUGCAAAUCCUCUGUCUAAAAAUCCUCAGACUGUAAUGGAUGGGCUUACAGAAUUUGAAAAGUACAAAGAUUUUGCCUAUAAAAUCAUCUCUAAUAUUCCUGAGGAGGGGCUUGAGUCAACUAAGCAGAAAUCUGAAUUGAAACAAGUCUCAGUUAAGAGCACUGCUGAUGAAGCAGCUGGAUUAAAUCAUCCUACAGCAAGUCAAGGAACUUCUGUUAAGCACCUUGAAGAUCCUUCUUUGAAGCCAUCUGAUUUUGAACGAAUUGAGAAGGAUGAAAACAAGAACACAGGAAAUCAUACUAAGGGUCAUGAACAAACUUUGGUUUGGGCAGAGAAUUCAAUUAGAGCAACUUCCAAUGUACAGCCUACUACUUCUGUUGGCACCUCAGAGCAUGGAGACAUACUUAUUGAUAUUAACGAUCGAUUUCCCCGUGAUCUUUUGUCUGAUAUGUUCUCAAAAGUAAGAAUGUCCCAGAACCUCGAUGGUAUCAGCCCAUUUCCUGGUGAUGGAGCUGGAUUGAGCUUAAACAUGGAGAAUCAUGAACCUAAGCAUUGGUCAUACUUCCGUAAUUUGGCUCAGGAUGAGUUUGUUAGAAAGGAUGUCUCCCUCAUGGAUCAGGACCAUCUGGGUUUCUCAUCUCCACUUACAAAUAUUGAAGGUGGGGCUCCAAUCGAUUACAGCUAUCCACCUUUGAAAUCUGCUGGUGCAGUUGCCUUAGGUCAUAUUAAGCCAGAUAUCAAUUUUGGUGAGGACAUCAGGCAGGAGUCAACUACUGUUGCUGCUCCUAACAACCUGGAUAUAGGUUCAGGUUACAAGAAGUCUCUGCUCAAGGGUGAUGAAAGUGGACAAGAUGGGCCGAACCACAAAGUACCUGAAUCAGAGUAUGAGGAUGGGAAAUUGGAUAUUCUCAAUACUGGUGUACCUUUUUUGGAUCCUUCCCUUGGAGAUAUUGAUAUAAGUACAUUGCAGAUCAUUAAAAAUGAAGAUCUGGAAGAACUACGGGAGCUUGGUUCUGGUACAUUUGGGACUGUCUACCAUGGAAAAUGGAGGGGAACCGACGUUGCCAUCAAGCGGAUAAAAAAGAGCUGUUUCACUGGCCGUUCAUCUGAGCAAGAAAGACUGACUGUGGAGUUCUGGCGUGAAGCUGACAUUCUUUCAAAGCUUCACCACCCCAAUGUUGUGGCAUUUUAUGGCGUGGUGCAGGAUGGACCUGGAGGAACACUAGCCACUGUCACAGAGUAUAUGGUGAAUGGCUCUCUUAGACAUGUCUUGCUUAGCAAAGACAGACAUCUUGAUCGUCGUAAGCGGCUCAUUAUUGCCAUGGAUGCAGCAUUUGGGAUGGAAUAUUUACAUUCAAAAAACAUUGUGCAUUUUGAUUUAAAAUGUGACAACUUGCUUGUCAACUUGAAAGACCCUGUACGGCCAAUUUGCAAGGUUGGGGACUUUGGGUUGUCAAAGAUAAAAAGGAAUACCUUGGUUACUGGUGGUGUGAGGGGAACUCUUCCAUGGAUGGCCCCAGAGCUGUUGAAUGGCAGCAGUAGUAAGGUUUCUGAAAAGGUUGAUGUGUUCUCAUUUGGCAUUGUCCUAUGGGAGAUUCUUACUGGCGAGGAACCUUAUGCCUAUAUGCAUUAUGGAGCAAUAAUAGGAGGCAUCGUUAGCAACACAUUGAGGCCACCUGUACCAAGCAACUGUGACCCUGAAUGGAAGUUACUAAUGGAGCAGUGUUGGGCUCCCGAUCCUGUGGUUCGACCAUCAUUCACAGAGAUUGCUAGACGCUUACGAAUCAUGUCCUCAGCAUGCCAGACAAAACCACAAGGUCAUCAGCCGCAGAACCAAGUAUCUAAGUGAUGGCACUCAAUGAUUACGUUGUUUUGAUGCCUUCAUCAAUGACAUAUGAUAGUUUAUUUUUCUUUUACUCCAUAAACCUUGUGUGUAAAUUAUAUGAGUAAGGGGGGAGAAGCUCCCAAUGAGAGGGUGAGAUACGAUUGUGUUUUGUAAGACAAAAAGAAUUUGUUUAUAUGUAAAGCUGUUAUUUUGUGUCAAUAAUAGUGGAUACAAACUCGGUUUUGGUGCU